GCUUUUAAAAUUGUGAAAAUGAUAACAAGUAGAUUAUUGCCGAAUUUCUCUCGUCUCGUUGGACUGCGAUCCGUCGCCUCACAGGGGAUGGCUGCAAACAAGCGCGUUAAGCUUUUCACCAAUCCCAUUAGCCCUCCUGGGCGAUCUGUGGAACUUACGGCGAAAGCGAUUAAUCUGGACAUCGAGGUCAUAUCGAUCGAUCUGCUGGGGAACGAUACUCUGAAAGCGGAGUACCUCAGCAAGAAUCCUCAGCACACGAUCCCAAUGAUCGACGACGAUGGAAAGUUCAUUUGGGACAGCCAAGCGAUCAAUGUCUACCUGACAACGGUUUACGCAAACAGUGAAGAUCUCUAUCCGAGUGAUCCCUUCGCGAGGGCUAAGGUGAAUGCCGGGUUGCAUUUCAACUCCGGAGUGCUGUUCAGCCGAUUGAAGCUGUUGAUCUCACCGGUGAUUCGCGGUCUGAAGACGGAACUGGAUCCGGUGAAUGUGGACUACUUCAACACAGGACUUCAGUUGCUGGAGGAUACACUGCAAGCGAAUUACUACACCGGAGAUCGGAUGACCCUGGCCGAUCUGAGUUGCGUUUCGUCCGUUUCCAGCUUCGAUGCUAUUUUACCGAUCAGUCGCGAAAGAUUUCCCAAAACGUUUGACUGGCUGAGACGGAUGGAACAGCUACCGUACUAUCGGGAAGCUAAUGGAGAAGGGGCACGGAAGCUGUCUAAAAUUGUGGAGAGCAUUUUGAAGUAGAGCGACACGGGUGCGAUUCGUAUGAAUUGUCAAUCAUGCCAGUGAUAUGUUUUACGGACGAAGAAGUGGAACAGAUGCAUUUACUGUUAUUUGAAUAAAAUGUUGUUAUUUUCAAAAGU